AUGGAGGAUUUAAAACCGAUUUGUGACGUUGAACAAAGUUCUUUCUGUGUGGAAUUACUCAAGCGACUCAAUUUGCAACGAGGUCAGAAUUAUUUGUGCGACAUAACCUUGGUAGCGAGAGAGGGAAAAGAGUUCAAGGCCCAUAAAAAUGUUCUAUCGGCGGCGAGUCCGUUCUUCGUGAAACUUCUUCAGAGCGAGAUGAAAGAGAAAGAAGAAGGUGUUAUUAGGUUCGAGGACAUCUCAGAGUUGAUUCUCGCGGAUAUUUUGGAGUUCAUCUACACAGGAAGUGUCGAGAUAAAUGAAACGAACGCCACUGAUCUGAUUGUUGCUGCAGAAUAUUUACUCAUUGAAGGUUUAAAAACCAAAUCAGGGCGUUUUCUUGAGCAACAACAAAUGACUAGCUCAAAUUGUAUUUCAACCCUUAACUUCGCGGAGAAGUAUCGAUGUGAAGAAUUAGUUAUGAACAGUACAAAGUUCAUACUCGAAAACUUCGCCUCCGUGACAGAAUCAGAGGAAUUCUUAAACCUUAAAGCGGAAGAGGUUGAGACGUGGAUUUCAAAUGACGAGAUUCGUUUAGCAGCUGAAGAAGACGUCCUCAAAAUAAUACUGAAUUGGAUCGAGCGCGACAAAAGCGAGCGAAAAGAUAAGUUCAAAAAGCUUUUUGGACAAGUUCGACUAGGUUUACUAUCGCGUGACUCUUUGCUAACUGUCGUUACACACGAGCUGGUUCGACAAGACCUUGAUUGUUUGACGAAAGUAUUGGACGCCAUAGAAGUAGUUCGUACCGCAAGCGAGGAUAUCAUUAAUCAGUUACCAAGAAAAAGACUUGAGACACAAGCCAUUGUAGUCGGCGGAGGGGAGUACCUUCUCUGUUACCUUCCACUGCUUCCAGAGAAAGACGCCUGGAAAAUUAUGUCCUAUCUCACAAAGCCACAACAAAACCUAAGCCAAUACACAAAGAUGAUAAACUAUCAUGAUCAAUUAUACACCUUUAAUGGCUUCAGCACUCAAAGAUAUGACCCUGUUUUUAACAUUUGGGCGACUUUGGGGCUGGGUAUUUCCCACCGUCCAGAAUAUCUGGAUGAUUGCGGAGGGCAACUCUAUGCCAUACACAUUGAUGAUAGUGAAACUACCGGUAAAACAUCCACUGUGAAAAAAUUCGAUGCGGAAUCGUACUCAUGGCUGUCUGUUCACUCUUCUGAAUCGGGCUGCAGGUAUGACUCUUGUAUUGUUACAGCUUGUAACUGUCUUUAUGUUUUAGGAGGAGAAGCAACGAGAAAUUAUUUACACCCAGAGUAUGUUACAGUGGCUGAAAGAUUCGACACUGUUGGGCAUCAGUGGGAGAAAAUUGCAGACAUGCAACAGGAAAGAGGCGAGGCAUUUGGUGUGGCUUUUCAAGGCAAAAUUUUUGUCGCAGGAGGGAAAGACAAAAGCCGGAAGGAACUUAAUAGUUGUGAGGUGUACAAUAUCACGACCGACGAGUGGCAGUUUAUUGGAAGUUUGAAUGUUCCCCGUUCACAUGGAAGUAUGGUGUGUGUGAAUGGAACAAUUUAUGUGCUAGGUGGUUCACCGCCUAGAUACGCUAAUGCAUACACAGUAGAAGUCUAUGAUCCAGUUGGGAACAAGUGGACCCAGACGACCACCAUACCGGUUGAAAGAAUGUCUGAAAAAGAAAGGCCAUCAUUUACAGGCUGUGCAUUGAAACUCUCAAGAGGAGCGCUUGAUAGAGUAAAGAGAUCAAGUUCUUGGUUGUGGUAA